AGACUUUGUUUCUAGAUCACUGAUCAGUCAGUCAGUUCAACAGACGAGACCUUUGUUGAACCGAAAAACAGCGACACACAAAAAAGGUGUUUAUUUCCACAUAAAGUUCACUUUAUGAAGACAGCAUUCAUUCAUAACACGUUGAGGCAUGUCACAUGCAGCUCUGAGAACCACCAUGUCUGCUUCAUCGCUCUUCAUCAGCUGGGUUCUACUGUCAGAAACCGUCCUCUGUUGGUCUGAGUUCCAUAAAAACGUGUCAGCUGAAGCCGGACAGACGGUCGUUCUGCCAUGCCAACAUUCCUUCAACUACACGGCCGUCGCUGUGGAGUGGAGCAGAGACGAUCUGGGGUAUGAAUUCGUCCUUCUCUAUCGAGACGAGCAGAUUGAUAAAUCCUACCAGAAGCCUUCUUUCUGGGACCGGGUGGACCUGCAGGACAGACUCAUGGAGAAGGGAGACGUGUCUUUGGUUCUAGACGACGCCAGGACUUAUGACACUGGAACAUAUCACUGUAGACUGGUCUACAAUAGCUCAGAUGAAGAUGAAUUGGAAGAGGGUCCCAUCUGCACCAUCCACCUGGAUGUUGCUCCUCCUCCACCUCCUAACACUACUCCUCCAGAGGACGUGGAUUCAGAUGAAAACUUUGAGUACGAAGAGAGCAAAAGGAAGGAGGCAGGAGAGCUCCUGGAUGAAGAGGAGGAGGAAGGUCUGAAGGAAGGCUCCAUCCUUCUGCCAGUUUGCCUGACGCUGCUGGUCUUUGCUUUAGCCUUUCUGGUAGUUAGAGUCCGUCAUGUCAGACCACAGCUCCUGAGGGAGAUGAUGCUUAAAGCAAAGCUCUUACUGUCAUCAGAACCUCACCAGGACUUCCUGUAAAUGUCCGAGAGCAGAACAACGAAUCUACCCAGGUAACUUCAGGUUAUUCAGCGUUCAUGGAGCAGGUCUGCUUGAACUCUGACCUCCUCCACAAUAGUUUCAUGUUCCAGAUAAGAGAGAAAUUGAUCUCUUGAUCUCCUGCUCAAACUUAAACUCCAUUUUAAAUUUGCAAGACUUUAAUCUUAACCAAAGAUGACUUAUAUAUUUUGAUGUAAUGUUGUAAAAAAAAUAAAAAUAA